GUCGAUCUGGGGAAGGCCAAGUGAAGCAUCAAUUUGGGUCCAGGACACCCUGGGGGGGCCACCAUGGACCGGAGAAAAAAGCCUUUGGAGGUGACAGCGUCCUCUUUGGUGGACCUUAAGGCUGAACUCUUCCGAAAACAAGAAGAAUUCAAGCAAGAAAAACUUCUAAAAGAUUCUGGAGUUUUGGGGAAACCAAAAACAACUAACAAGAAACCAAGUAUCUGGAGCAAACAGAAUGCAGGGGUUUCCAGCCGGGCUGAGAAGGAUGCUGAGCAAAAGAUUGAGGAACAGAAGACUUUAGACAAAGCCAGGGAGAAAUUGGAAGAAAAAGCCAAGUUAUAUGAAAAAAUGACUCAAGGAGACUUUAUAGAUGAGGAGGUAGAGGAUAUGUACCUUGUGGACUUCACACAGAAGAUCAUAGACCGGCACCGAGAAAUGGAGGCGUCUGGCGCCCACACGACAUCUCGAAUGACGGAAGACAAAGAUGAUGAAGAUGAAUGCCUUUCUGAAAAAGAUAUCCCUCCGCCCCAGGACCCCAGUGAAGAAUGGGUGGAUUAUGUGGACUCUUUAGGGCGGUCCCGGCGCUGCAUGAAAAAGGAUCUACCACAUCUGCUGGAGCUUGAUAAGAAUCUCCAGGGGAGGCUUUUCCUCAGCCCUGCCAAUGAAAAAUCCUUGCUGUCUGAAGACAUGAGGAAAGAGCUACAGCGCCAGGAAUGGGAAGAGGAAGAAAGGGAGGCCCUGAAAAGGCCCAUGGGGCCCAUCCAUUAUGAAGACAUUCGUGAAAAUGAGGCCCGGCAGCUCGGCGUCGGCUAUUUCGCCUUUGCGAAAGAUAAGGAGCUAAGGAACAAGCAAAUGAAAACACUGGAGAUGCUGCGUGAGCAGACAACAGAUCAGAGAACAAAACGAGAGAACAUAAAGGAGAAGCGGAAAGCAAUACUGGAAGCAAGGCUCGCCAAACUGCGACAAAAGAAGAUGAAGAAAACCAAAGAAGAUGGGACCGAGGAAGAAAAUAAAGAUGGAGAUGUUCAAAUUGGACCAUUGCCACCUGAACCAGUGAUGCCACCUCCACAACCUGCUGCCCAGAACAGCAAAGUAGAAGUCAUUGUUCAGGAAAGGAGGGACACCAGGCCUGGAGUGCCACAUGUGCGCGAGUGGGACCGGGGGAAAGACUUUUCCUUUGGCUACUGGUCGAAGAGGCAGUCAGAUCUCCGGGCUGAGAGAGAUCCUGAGUUUGCUCCCCCAUCGGAUUACUUUGUGGGCCAGAAGAGAACUGGGCCUGUGAAUAGCAGGUCUGGACCUGCCCGCAGUGAACCGGUACAGUGCGCCGCUGGCCAGCACCAAGACCCCAGCUCUUCACAGGCAUCAGCCACACCUGCCCCCAGUAGCCCACCACAGGCCCCUGUCACUUUUGAAACUCUGGAUGAUAUGAUAUCCUAUUAUAAACAAGUAACAUGAGCGCCAAAAGUAUUCUCGUGGAUACGAACUAUUGAUGGUGCCUUCCUCUCCCCCAGCAAGGGGAAAACCUUAGGGAUGGACUUUUGGUUGGAUUGAUGGAUAUCUAAGAAAGUGAA